AUGACUAGAGGUAGAAGCAAAUCAAUUGUACAAAAGAUAGCUAAUGAUGUACCGAAACUUAACAAUUCAGAAAAUGCUUUAGACUAUUUGCUAAAGGAAAACGGUGGUGAAAAUAAUCUUACCCAUACCUCUACCACUUACAAAAUGUCACGAUCAAAGUCUCUAUCGCAAGAGGGUAGGAACAACAAUAUGGAGUUAGAGAAAGUCCAUUAUGCGGAUUCAAUUACAUAUCCUUUUACCAAAAGUGAAUUUCAAAAGGCUGAGUCUGACAACAUUAACUCAUACGACUACGAUACUAUUUUGAAGCCCAGAGAUAUUUCACAUAUCACGGAUUUGCAGUUGGAUAAUAUAUUGAAUUUUAAAAACAUGGUCCAAAGGAACAAGGUUGAAAUUGAGGUUUUUGUUAGUGAAACAAAUGACGUUUUGUCUAGUGUUGAAACACUUUUAUCCAAGUACAAUAGAAUCUCGAAUGAAACUCUUGAUUUCGACAAAAGAGCCAACGAGCUAUUGGAGUUACAGAAGCACAACCAGACGAAAUAUGACGAAAUCAAUAGCUAUUUGCAACAUUUUGAGCAAUUGGAUUUUAUAACGAAAAAUUUGUCUAGAUCAGGAUCUCAUUUAUUGAGCCUGAAAAGAGAGUUUUUCAUCAAUGUGGUUUUGCGCAAGCUUGACACUGCGUUGGAUUUUAUUGCGCAACACCCACUGUUCAAGGAAUCUGAAGUAUACGGUAGUAGGUUCCGACAAUGCAUGACUCGUGCCUUGACGUUGAUUAAAAACUAUCUAAACAAUGAGUUGAAAUCAGUUGCCGAUUCUAUAAAUAAAAAGUUGCAUCAAAAUAUGCUGGAUUCACAUUCUGUGAGCUUGACCAUUGACUUGUUGAUAUACAAUGAAUACAACAGCUAUUUGAAGUACAAUCAAAGCAAUUUUAAUGAGCUAAUUUGUGAAAUGCAAAAAAGAGCCCAAAAUCAUUCAGAAUACAAUGGCUUGAUUGAAGAAGUUUUGAACAAAUAUUUCGAGGAUAGAUUGGUUUUAUUGAGAGAGUACAUUGACAAAACAUCUAGUGUUAACUCAGUAUUCACUGGCAGUAAUUUAGAUUUAGUUCAGACUUGUCAAGAUCAGAUAUAUUAUUUUGAAAAGUUGAUCGAAAGAGAGUAUUCGUUGUUCAACAAAUUUUUUGUUCCUGGACAAUCAGCUGAGUAUAUUGAACGUGCAUUUUAUGAGUUUUUGAAAAAAGUUUUGGAGCCUUUAUACGAUGCUGAGAGACUACUCGUUUUAAAAGAGCUGAAUAUUGGUAGUUUGUGUCAAUUGACGACAUUGUUGCAAAAGUACUACGAGUUUGAUGAUGGCAACUAUCGUAGCGAUGUGUAUUUAGAAGAUGCAAACAGUUCUGUUGCAGCAAAUGGAAAAUCCAUCAAAUAUGGAGUUUUGUUCCAACCACUACUAGACGAAACUCAAGAAAGGUUGAUCUUUAGGGUACAGAAUUACGUUGACAAUAAAUUGAUGCAUUUUAAACCAAGCGCACUGGAUCUAAAAAUUGGAAAUACCUUGAAGCGCUCUUCAGGUGCAGAGGACAAGAUAAACCCUUUAGAUGUUGACUAUGCUGAAAAUCUAUUUCCUGAUUUAUAUUUACCUUUAGGCAAAUCAUUGACUUUGUUGUCUAAUAUCUACGAGCUAAUUAACUCAAUGGUUUUUGAUGAUUUGGCUCAUUAUAUUGUGCAUGCAUGCAUUGAGUUACUCAAGGGCGGAUUCUUACCUCUCGCAAUAGGCCACAUGGGCCCUAUUGAUGGACAAUUAGUUUAUCUUAACAACUUGGUUAUUUUGCGAAACCAAAUCAACAAUUUUGACAUUCAAUAUACCAGGACUGACUAUACAAUUGAUUUCACGAGUGGCUUGAGUGAUAUCUGGCAGUUAAUAAAAGAUAGAAAAUUUGGCUUUAACAAUGGUGGUAUUUUAGAUUUGGCGUCCAGGGCAGCACCAAAAAUUAUUAAUAAUAUGAUAGAUGCCAACUAUGAAAUAGAAUUUGAGCUUAGAAAUGCAGUAACUCAGUUUAUCGAUGAGUGCUCAAGAACAAUAUGUUAUCCAUUGUUGGUUCACGAUUCUGAAUCUGGUAACCUAGUCGCGGUUACGUCUGCAUUUAAAGACAACUUGAUUUCAAAUAUACCUGUCUAUUACGGUCGUAUUAAGCUGGUGAUUAAGGAUCCCGUUGUAACCCAAUUUUUAAUGAGCAAUCUAUCAAGUUUAUUGGUUGCAACCUACGAAGACUACUACAACAAAAUAGAUGAAAAGCUGGAAACUAUGGAUGUUUUGCUGAAAGAUCAGCUAAACGAUAUCAUGGAUGUCGAUACAACCUAUGCAUUCAUAACCGAUAUGAUAACACAGCUUGGCGAUGAUAGUGAGUCGAAAAGCAAAGCUAACACUCCAGAAUUCAACGAGGAGAUCUUAAGUAGUCUACAACUCGAUGAACCCAUCUCUACCAGUAAACCAGCAUCCCCAAAGACAGAAUUAGCGGAUCCACAGUAA